AUGGCCAAUGCCUCUUCGUCUACGAAUGCCCCGCCUUUAGGCAAAUACCUGGCAGCGACCGACAAGAAGACGAGAGACAAGGCCAUCAAGUCCUUGUCAACAUUCCUGUCAGAUCCCUCUCGAGACACGUUGCCUGAGAGUGAAAUGGCAAAACUAUGGAAGGGAAUCUUCUAUUGUUUCUGGAUGUCGGACAAGCCUCUGGUGCAGCAGGCAUUGGCCAGCGAGCUUGCUGAGAUCCUGCUAACCAUAUCGACUGCGUCAUCUUCGUUAGCUUUCUUGUGCGGCUUCUGGGAAGCCACUGUGCGCGAAUGGAACUCGAUCGAUCGUCUGCGGAUUGACAAGUACUAUAUGCUUGUCCGCAGGUUUGUCAACGCAUCUUUCAGGCUGCUCAUGAAGACUGGCUGGGAUAGUGCGUCGUGCGCGGAAUAUAAUACAAUACUGACCCAUCGCGGUGGACCUCUAUGCCCGGAUGAUAUUCGUGUUCCUGCCAGUUUGGCGUACCAUCUGGCGGAUAUCUACCUGGAAGAGCUCGACAAAGCGCUUAGCAGUCCCCUCAACUCAUCGCCAGCGCCAGCGCCAUUAUCCACCUUGUCCACUCCAUUCUUCACACUGGCUGCGCGAACCCCAUCUAAUGCCAGUUAUCAGCGUAUUCAGUCAGCCUUCCUCGAACCUCUGUUCUCCGCCUUCGAGUCACCUCGGGAUAUUGACGAACCACCGCUACGGAAGCGACCGCGUUUGUCGUCACCCAUAUAUGAAAAUAUAGUGGUAAACGCGUGCAUAUCAAAUCCAAAAUCCGAAGGCGUUAUGGCAGGUCCUGAGUUGAGAAAAGCGCUCUUGAAGUGCAUGUUUGAGAUUGCUAGCGAGCAAGAUACCCGUGACGCAAAUAGGCGCAAGCUAUACAACCUUUGGAAGAGUAAACUGGAAGACGAUGGCGAUGGCGGUGAUACGGCAAUAGAUGCUAGCUAG